AUGGCCGACCCUAAGCCCGCCACUUCCAAGUCCACCUGGCUCGCCAGCAAUGACGGAGUAGUCCAAGAAGUCGACCGUGUGGUCGCCGAGCGCUCCAUGCUCAUCAAGAACAUGCUCGACGACUUGGGUGAUUCUUCCAUCUCCAAGGAGAACCCCAUUCCUAUCCCUAACGUCAAUGACGCCGUCCUUCGGAAAGUCAUUGAGUGGUGCGACCACCACCGCAACGACCCUCCCACCAACCAAGAUGAUGACGAUGCGGCUCGUAAGAAGAUGACCGAAAUCGAUGAGUGGGAUCAGAAAUUCAUGCAGGUCGACCAGGAGAUGCUUUUCGAGAUCAUUUUAGCCUCCAACUAUCUCGAUAUCAAGCCUCUCCUCGAUGUCGGAUGCAAGACCGAGGAGGAGCAGAUUCGCCGGGAGAACGAGUGGGCCGAGGACCGUUAA